AUGCCUUUAGAGAUAGAUUUAAACCUCCCUUACAACGAUUCAGAAGCUGUUGACAGUAUAAUACCAGUGAUAGAAUGCAACACAACCCAAACAAUUGCUUCUGAAAGUAAUGAUUCUACAACAGUUUCAAUUGAUAUGAACUUUUUUAUUUCUGAAGUUAAUGAGGAAGGUCAAGAUACACUAAAUGAUGAAGGAGGUGACGACGAGUACCACGAGAUAGUAUCAGAUGAAGGAGGUGACGACGAGUACCAUGAGAUAGUAUCAGAUGAUGAUACUGAAGCACAACAUGCUCUAAAUGACAAUGGAGUUGACUCUCACACGGAAGUGGAAAAUAUUAUUUCACAUGAGGCCAAAUCAUCUCAGAGAAAACGUUCAUUCUUGAACAAUAUUCAAAGAAAUGUCAUUUCUCAAAUAUUGAUAAAUGAAAGUCAUGAUGGUAAGCUCAAACGUGGAAUUGUUGAAAGAUUGGCUUUAUCUUACUCGGUCUCUAUCUAUGUCAUUUAUCGAAUUUGGAAGCAAACAUGUGAAACAGGUGAUGCUUCCCAUAAAAAAUCAAAAAAUUGUGGUCGCAAAAGAGUUGAGAUAGAUAUGGAAAGAGUGCGUGAGGUUGCAUUAAAUAAGCGUAGUAGUUACAGAGCUUUAGGACGUGCCUUAAAUGUUAACAAGAACAGAUUAUUGGAUUAUAAAAAACAAGGGGUUUUGCGUCGGCAUUCAAAUUCAUUAAAGCCGCAUUUGAAAGAAGAUAACAUGAAAGCUCGUCUAAGAUUUUGCUUGUCCAUGCUUGAGGAAAGUAGCAUUCCUCAUAAUCCAAUGUUUAAGUCAAUGUAUAAUGUUGUGCAUAUAGACGAAAAAUGGUUUGAGGUGACACAAAAAACCAAAAAAUAUUAUCUUUUGGCAGAUGAAGAUGACCCAUAUCGUACAUGCAAAAACAAAAAUUACAUUGAUAAGGUCAUGUUUUUAGUGGCAAUUGCGAGACCUAGAUUUGAUGAUUAUGGUAAUGAGACAUUUUCAGGAAAAAUUGGCAUGUUUCCUUUAAUUCAACAAGUACCUGCAAUACGGUCAAGUGUCAAUAGACCCGCAGGCACACUUGUUACCAAACCGAUUACUUCUAUAACUAAAGAAGUGAGUCGAAUGUUUCUAAUAGACAAUGUUUUAUCAGCUAUCAAAGAAAAAUGGCCGCGUGAAUAUGCAAGGGAAACGAUUUAUAUACAACAAGAUAAUGCACCAUGUCAUGUACCUAUAAAUGACAAAGAAUUUUGCACAGCUGCGUCUGAAGAUUUAAAUGUUUUAGAUUUAGGGUUUUUUAAUGCUAUUCAAUCAUUGCAACAAACGGAAGUGACUAAAACGGUUGAUGAGCUUAUUCAGAUUGUGCACAAAGCUUUUGAUGAUUUUCCUACUCAAGAUUCGAACAAAAAAUUUCUCACGCUCCAAGCAACCAUGAUUGAAAUAAUGAAGGUUAAAGGAUCCGGUAAUUAUAAAGUUCCUCACAUGAACAAAGAUGCGAUUCUUAAUCGCGAUGAAAAGCUACCCAUUCAACUACAAUGUGAUCGGAAAUUAAUCCACGAAACUUUUGAAUACCUUCACAAUGUGUUGUGGAACUUUGCUCGGCGAUGUCGGUUGUCUUAUUGGAAUUUUGGAUUUUUGCUCUCGGCGAUGUCGGUUGUCUUAUUGGAAUUUUGGAUUUUUGCUGCUUAG